AGUGGGAAAAUAAAACCACUUGAUCUCUCCUCAGACGCCGAGCUGAACGGAACCGAGCAGGAAAAGAAGAGCGUUGCUUUAAUUUUUCUGUCCCGGGCAACUCUUGGCCCCACAUUUGGCGGCUUUCACUGGGCGGGGGAGGGCAAAAGUUGCUCCCUUCUUUUAACUCCCUUCCUUUCUGAAGUGCUUGAAAGCGAGCCUGAGUCCGAGAGAGACUUAACCUCGCUUUUAAAGAUCUGUUUACUAAUACUUUUUGUGGAAGUCUUAUGGUGAUGCUUAGUGAACAGCAGCUACAAGAGAAGGUGCUUCAGUAUGAAGAAUUUAUCAGUGAUGUUUUGCAGAGAGACCUUAAGAAAGUAUUGGAGCAGCGAGAUGAAAUUUAUGAAAAGAUUGCUCAGUAUUUGCAACUCAGGAACAUUAUUGAACGUUUACAGGAAACAGGAAGCCAGGAGCUGAAAACUCAAGUGGAUCUAGGCUGCCAUUUUUAUGUCAAUGCAGAAGUGCCUGAUACAUCAACCAUAUUUAUAGCUCUGGGUUAUGGAUUCUUUGUGGAGCUGACUCUACCAGAGGCUCUAACUUUCAUUGAGAAGAAGACAAAGUUGCUUAAUGAGCUCAGUGAAACUCUUACUAAAGAUUCUGCCAGAAUAAAAGCCAAUAUCCGGAUGGUUUUAGAGGGAUUACGUGAACUGCAAGGUUUCAAAGAUCUGCCUGAGGAGAACAGAAGAGAUGUUUUCCUCUAGGAAUCCAUCUUCUAUGAUUCACAAGGAGUAAUUUUGGUUUUCUAGAAGAAAAUUUGAUUGUGGAUUUUUUGCUGCAGUAGGGGCUGCAUGUGUGGAGAAACUCUGGUGAAUGAGGGACAGUGACAUGAGGUAAUGAUGGGGAAGAGCAGCUCCACUUUCAGUGAGGGUAUAGUCUCUUUGAACUUGCUCCCAUGUCUGAUUCCAAUUUUAGUGUUUCAUUUUGAAAAUAAUUGUAUUAAUAAAAAAGAUGCUGUAUUUGUACUGGACUCGUCUCUUAUUUUCUUUCCAUUCAGUAUCUGUUCCAUUCAGUUGUGCUCUAAUUUUUUAAGAAUAACCUCUGCUUUUACUUGUGCAAAGUUGAUAUCCUUCCUUUUUCCCCUUGUUUAUUUCAUGUUUAUAAGCUUUAUU